CAAGCGUUAGUUAAACCUCAUGCGCAGCACUGAACGGAUUCAAGGCGACUUUUUCUUUACUUUUCGUCGCAACCUUUUCAUUAGCAACAGAAGGGAACGAAGACACUGUAACGAUUCGGAAAUUUGACGCUUGUAUAUUUAUUUGACAUGAAACUUUACAAUUGUGUGUACAAAUUCGUUUUUUCUUAAAAAGUAUCUGGUGUCAAAUUACGAUUUAUUCUCUUAGGUGACCAACGAUCUCGACAAUUCGCGAAGAACAAUGAAAGGGGCUGGACACAUCGAUGAUGCUCAACCAGCCACGGUAGAUGAGCACUUCAAACUGCUUCAGGUUGACAGAUCAAUCUUCAGCACGGAAUUCGUGAAAGUCACGCCAGAAGAUCUGCCCGAAUGGUUCGACGAGAGAUUGUUCAAAAUCGGUCAGGCAGUUUACAUGGACAACACGCUGGGAUUCUCAAUUGCAACCAUAUCUGGCAUCGCAGUAGGAUUGUCCAUCCCAAGCAUCGCAGAGGUUCUCAUAUCCACGAAGCGCAGUUCGACGGUCUCCUUAUGCUUCAAGCGCUACGCUGAAACGGCACUCCUCAUACACGAGCUGUUCCGCUCGGACGUGCUCAAAGCUGAUUCAAAGUGGUUCAAGGCGAUAAACGUGAUUCGAUGGAAACACGCGAUGGCUGGCAAGAGACUCCAUAGAGAAGGACACCACGGGAUAUACAUGAGGGACAUGUCCCUUACCAUAUUUGGAUUCAUAGGGUACGCCUUCAUAUGUCCAGAAAAGUUCGGACUGAGCCACUGUACCCUCGAAGAGAUGACUGGCUUCAACCAUUUUUGGCGCGUUACUGGUCACCUCCUUGGUAUAUCCGAUCGGCUGAAUCUAUGCCGUAAAAAUGCAGCGGAAACGACGGAGAUGUGCAGAAAAGUCGCGCAUGAUAUAAUUAAGAUACAUUUGGAGGAUCACUCGCCAGAUGUUCACCAAUUGAUGAUUUACAUGGUCAAAGGGUUAUCGUAUGUCGAUCCUACUCUGAAUACAGACGCCAUCAUGUCCCUUUCGUACGAGUGUGCGGGUGCAAAGUAUACGAAACCUCUUGGAUGGAACUCCAUUUUUAAUACGAAGUUUCGCGAAACGGUCUUCUAUUUCCACAGUGCUCCUUAUAUUGGAGUAGGAACCAGGAUAUUUUUUAAGUACUUGGUGGGGAUCAUUUAUUGGUCAACCGAGCACUAUCCCUUGUUGGCCAGGAUGGCGUUUGGAAAAGCGAAAUCGAGAAUUUGUUUGUUUCCAAAGAUAGAGUGACCAAAGAUCCUGAUGAAUAUAGGUAAUCGUGUGGGGACGGAGUGAACAAUUGAAACUUGGUUCAAAUUAUGGACGGAACAUGAUCGAUUGUAAAGACGGGGAAAAUGCUAUAUUAUCUUUCGUUGAUAUCACUUUAGCUGCUGAAUGAAACGGUAACGAUAUCGAUCGCUAGAGGUCGCCGCGUGUAGCGUGUCACUGAUUAAGCGCGCAAAAAUAACCGUCGAUAGACUUGGGAACUAUACUAAUUCACUGCUGGUUAGACGCUUUUCUUAGUUCGUAUGGAUAAAAUGAAAAUCGAACUUGACAGAAUUUAAGUCAAAAUAAUUGUGUCAUCGAUGAUAGAUGGUGCUAACGCGAACUUAUUAAUCAGAGUUGACAGUAUCAUCGAUCUUCGGUAGACAGUUAAAAACACGUUUUAAUUACGUUCGUUAAAUGAAAGUGAUAGCUUAAUUUUCAUAUUAAAAUUAACUCUGUUUUACUUGAGAUAUUUGAUACGUUCUUCUUAAAUUAUUUUCGUUCACUCUUAUUUCCAAAGAAUCUGUUUCAUAAACAAGUUUAUUAAUCCUCCAUAUUUCAUUGAAAUAAUGAGUUGACGUCAGAAAGGAUCGAGUAUCGAAGCAAAAAAUUCUUAUAAAAUCUCCCUGAUUCGAUUACAGUGUCCAGUGUCGCGAAACUACUCGCGACACGCAACGUCAUCGAUACCAUGGACGAUAUUCACCAAAUCGUUCGAUAGCAGUCCAUGUCGAGGAAUCCAUCGAUAUUUCUCCCAUUCCCGAAUCAACCACUCUCGAGCUAUUUCCCCGUCCAUUGGUGGCUCGUCAAAAAUCAGCGAUUCCAACCCACGUCAGCCAUGCCUCGAUAUCCCUGUCCGAGGCUGGCGAUAAUUAUCAGCCGCAAUUUGUCUGGCACUGUUCUCGUCUCUGCUCCACCCACGAGCGUCGCUCGGAUCUCCUCUCGUGUUCGUCCAUUCGGUGCCAUUAUCACCCUAUCCCCGCGCAGGAUCGCCAGAUCAUUUUUUCGCGAAUCGCGUGACACCAUACACACAGAAAUAUCAACUCUACACUCUUCACAAGACUGUUAAGGUUUAUUUCUUAGGAAGGUAAUAGCGGCUCGUGUUAUUAUCGGACAUUGACAUCAUUUGGAAAAAGGUGAAAAUUAAAGGAUUACGCACGUGGUGGGAUAUUUAUGUUUA